AUGGCUUCCAUCAACAAUAACAACACCAAGGAAAAUGACAACAACACCAACGACCAACCAAAAACACCAACAACGACCGGCCUAAUCCGCUUCACAACCCCCAUCCCCCACCCCCCCGCCUCAGAACGCGCCUUCUUCGCCCAAUCCCCCUCCACCCACUCCCCCCUCCUCCCCACCCCCCUCCACAACUUCCACCUCUCCUCCCUGCAAGGAAUAAUAACCCCCGGCCCCGCUGGUCUCGACAUCCAAGGAUUCACCUACAUCCCUCAUAAAUUCUCCUCCCUUUCCGAUGAAGAUUUAUUCGUGGGGAGGAAUGUGGAAGAGGUGUAUGCGAGGGAAUGUAUAGAUUUCGUGUGUGGGAUUACGGGGGCUAGGAGGGGGGUUGUGCAUAAUGUUGAUUUUCGGUUGAAGGCUGGGAAGGAUGGGGGGGAGUUGGGGAAGGGGGAUGGGGAGGGGGAGGUUGUUGCGUUGAGGGGGAGUGAGGUUGAUCGGGAGGUUGAGAAGUUUCCGAGGGAGGAAUUGUUUGUAGGAGGACGCACAUCCCCWCAAUCCAGCCAAGAACCCUCUCGCAUGGCCCACGUAGAUGUCACGCUCGAAGGUCUCCGAGAAACUCUCCGCUACGCACGCAAAGAUAUGUUCGAAAUGGCGCGUCCGAUCUUCGAAGCCGAAGCGCGAAAAUUGGCCGGCGAGCAAAAUGUUAGGGUUCCGAGGUUUGCGGCUUAUAGUGUUUGGCGACCAAUCUUCUCCCCCGUAAAACGAGACCCCCUAGCCGUGCUCGACAGCAGAACUCUCUCCCCCUCAGACAUGACAAAAGUCUACCUCCGUCUUCCCUCUCAAAUCUCCCCUACAGGAGAUUACAUUCUCGAGCAAUGGCGCGCUUUACCCCCCAAAAACCCGGCGGAGCAGAAGUGGUAUUGGGUUCCCGAACAGAAGCCUGAAGAGGUGUUGGUGGUGAAAUUUUGUGAUUCGCUGAGUGAGGAGGAUGAGAGGGUUGCUGGGAGGUGUGUGCAUGUUAGUCCGAUUUUGGAKGGGAGGGAGGGGGAGGAGGUUAGGAGGAGUGUCGAGGCUAGGGUGUAUGUUUUUUGGGAUUGA